GCAGUGGUAAGUGAGGCCGACUCGGACUCUGGCGCGCGGACGCCGGUCCCCCGGGAGCCGCAGCCAGUGGCCGCAUGGACCUUGCGCCUGUCCAUGGCCGUCCCAGUAGCAGGCGACACUGCAAUGUGCUCUGACGUGCUCACUGUGCUCCAUUGAGUCAGUUAGCCGAUAUUGGAGUCUGGGUGACGGAAUUAGCGUUCGUUUGGUACAUGCAAAAUGCCGGAAUCUGCUACUUUGAUAUUGCAUACCAGUGACUCGUAUUGCGAAGGCGUUUUAUCCUGAUUGGAGCGUUUUCAUCAAUGGUGGGAAAUCGGCAGGCUGGAGCGCAUCGUGCAGUGAUCGCAGUGAACUUUGUGUUUUGUAGUGCUACAGUCGCGCGUGGUGCGCGCGUGCCCCGAACUGGCUAUGCCCAAUACGACGUACACCAACAACAAUUACCAGCUGCCGGUGUCGGCGGCCGAGAUGGGUGCCGCCGAGUACGGCCACCCGGCGCACCCGGCCCAGGUGGCGGCGCCGCACUGCGACGCACGCGGCUACUACCAGCCGAUGGAGCCGCCGCCGCCGCCGCCGGCGCCGCACCAGGUACCCGGACACAUGCACCCGGCCGCCGUCGACCCGCAGCAGCAGCACCGGCCCGAUAUGUACCGCGCCUACGAGCGGCCGCCCAUGCACAUGCGAGCCAACGGCAACCACCAGCAGCCGGCCUACUACCCGCAGCCGCAGCCGAUGGAGAUGCCGGACGGCGGCGGCGGCGGCGGCUACGACGCCUCCAUGGACCAGUACCGCACACACUCACCCAGCCAGUACCCGGGCGCGCGCUACAUGCCCUGCAAGAUGCAGGAGAGUAUGAACGGCGGCGUGCCGAACGGAAUGCCCGACGCGCAGUACAUGCAGACUCAGACGGAGCCGCCUGCCGGCGCCGAGAUGCCCCCGGGCGGUCAGCAGGUCAUGUACACCAACGGUGGCCAGCCACCCCCGCCCGGGCCGCCCGGUCAGCAGGGCGGCGCCGCCUCGCCCAACGUUCUCUUCCCCUGGAUGCGGACACAAUUCGACCGGAAAAGAGGGCGGCAAACCUACACGCGCUACCAGACCCUCGAACUCGAGAAGGAGUUCCACUUCAACCGCUACCUGACGCGCCGGCGACGGAUAGAGAUCGCACACGCGCUCUGCCUCACCGAGCGGCAGAUCAAGAUCUGGUUCCAGAACCGGCGCAUGAAGUGGAAAAAGGAGAACAAAAGCCAGGACAGUUCGGUCAAGGGUGGUGGCGCACGCUCGGAGACGGAGACGUCGCCGGGCGACCCGUAGUGUGUGCCCUCGGUCGGUGGUCCGUUAGUCCGUAUUUAUUUAUUGUUGAGGACGCUGUGCGUGCGUGGCGGCCUUCUCGGUGAUACCGGCGCGAGGCUCUCGUUUGUAUGCGUGUCUGCUGCGGGCUCAAGCGGCCCGAUUUAUGGCCUCGGACAGUGAGUGUGUGUGAUGUCACUGGUACGAGGCGCUGCCGCCGCCGCCGCUGCGUGCAGCGUGGUGUGUACACUCUCACCUACAAACACAAACACCUACCACACAAACAAACAGACACCCACAGACACACAGACACUAACCACAUGUUCGGCAUAUGACACGAAACACACGCUGAUAAAAGACAUGCACCCGAACACAUACACACAUACACACACCGGCGCGGUAAAGACACUGGGACGGGCACAGGGCGGCCCGGCUACUGCGGCACAGUCACCGAAAUCUUUUGUAUAGGCGUCGAACAUAAAGUAUUUGCAUUUUAUAUAGAAAGAGAUGCUCUGAUUUGCCCACCUUGCGAUGACCCAAGGUUUGGUUGACGCCGCCUCGGCUUAGCUGAGACGUCCUUGACCUGACCUGCCUUUGGACUCCGGCGGUGACCCCGCGUGGGACUCAUCCUGGCCAUGUGUAGGACAUGCGGUAUUGUAGGUUAAACCUAUGUCUGGGGUGUGCGUGUGCGUGGGUGCGUGCGUGCGUGUGGUCGUGCUUUGGCGUUUUUUAUUGUACGGAAAUACGUAACACGCAGGAUCGCGCGGCGUGGACCGAAACGAAAUACGUAAUUUGCCUAAAGAUACGUAAAGUUUCCAUCCUAACAUUGUAGUGUGUAAGGAAUUGAGACUGGCAACUGGCGCAUCAUUCAUUGUUAAAUUUGCAUACUCUUUUUCUCUCUCUCGUUUUAUUCGCUGAGUUUAUUGCGAAGAAGUGAUUUUAAGUUACAGAAUGUUUAUGAUUCACAUGCUGUGCACACAAUCAAAAAGCGAUUUAUCUAAAGCGGUCUACAUCGCAUGGCGAUUCUACUCGUAUAUCAGUCUAGCCGUUUUUGUUUUGUGCUCGUUGGUGGCUGCGUUGUGCAAUUUCCUGCUUUCGCUGAGGGCCCUGUCACGGGCCGGCGGUCGACAUACGUAAGGAAGUGCUUUGUGAGUGGUCUUGUAAAUACGCUGUACACCGGCCCGGCUGCGGGGGUCGUAGCCAGCCGUGCUCGACACGCCGUGCAAGCACAGCUGCUCAUCGGUAGAAACCUAUCAGGCAACUUCAAUUCGAAAGAGUGAUCUCGAAAAGCUAGAUGAUUGUACUUAUGAGUUGUUGGACGGCGGAGCGACUCAGUCGAACGAUGGAAUGCCGCGUCGUCCGCGCGCGUUUGCAACUUACCAGGGAUCGUCAAUACGUAACGCGGCGCGCUGCGAGCGGCCACUGGCUGGCGGCGUGCGGCGCGCGCCCAAUACCUACGUUGUACGUAACAGUUAGUACAAUUGACGCUGUAGGUACCGCUCCCGCCGGCGACUGUAGAGCUCCCUCUGCCCCCUCUCCCCUCCCCGACCCCCUCUGUAGAGCCGUUGUGUCGUGGUCCAUAUAUUUUGAACCUGGGGUGCAUGAGCGAUGUGGAAAUUUGUGUUAGUGGACUUAUCAAUGUUUCUCUCUCUACAUCCCGCCUAUAUCGUGUCCGUGCUUUGUUUUCAAGUGGCUGUUCCACAGCUGAGCAGGUCAUGUAUGUAACCAAGCUGUUUGGUUUUAAGAUUGCGCGGCGUUGAGAGGUGUCUCAAACAAUAGCUUCACGGUUAUCAUUUAUUUGUAGUGUGCCACAACCUCUGUGUACAUAGCCUUCAUUUUAAUCGAUAUAGCAAAAUGAAAUAAUGUCGUCUUUA